AUGACGUCAAGCGAUAAUAAAGAUCCAUCCGAAAUUCCUGCUGAGCAAGUGCUUCUUUCGGCUGCUCCUCCAGGUUUUCAAUAUGAACUCAAUAAUAUAAUGGCUAGUCGAAGCCGUUUGGAGACAUUUCCUCACUGGGUGUCUUCGAAUUUGGAUUCCCACAACUCUGAUCAUGGUACUCCUCACUUGCCUGACGGUCUUGAUUUAACUGAUGAGGAUGGGACUGAUUUAGCAGCUGGAGGAAUUACUGAUCUGAGUGAUGCAAGCCGUCAAAUUGACAAUUCGCUUGCUAAUCACCUUCAAAAUCUUGGGUUUGAACAAUCUCGCAUAGUUUGGGCCGUCGGCGCUGAACGCAGGAGUCAAACGUCAUCGGAUGAUCAUUUCAACUCAAGUUCCGGAGAUGUAACUACUAAUAACUUAAGCUCCGCCACUCCUGUUCCAAUCGGUGGCAAUUUCUCAUCUCAUAAUGACGUCGAUAAUCAUGGUAAUUGUAAGACAAAAAUAACUUCUGCUUCCGCUCCUGAAAAUAUGCCCGGGAUUGAUACUCACUCACUGUGGGAAAGAAACGCAAAUCGGCAUGUGUGGCCUUUUGGUCGAUUUUUUGACGAUCAAGACAAACACGAUGAAGGACAAGAUGAGAUACGCGAUGCUGCUGAAAAACUUGAUGGUGCUAGUAGAGCAGUCUGGGAAUGGGAAUCGGCUCUUACGAACAAUUCAUGGGGCGACAGUGGCUUUCUAGAUGCUGGAAAAGCAACCAGUGCUGUUACUACAACUGAACAUUUGGCCUACAAUCAGGUGGCAGCUGGUGGAGCCGGUAUUAUUCAACAGGCACAUCAACAACAGCAACCUUCUUUUUCAAAUCCCUGGCCUACAAAAAAUAGCAGCGUUGUUGCUCCAUCUUCUGGUCACUUUCGUCAUUUGAAUGCUAAUAUAGCUACCGAUACUACUAACGAAUUUUGUGAUAACAGUCUUAACACUGCUGAUGCUGCUACUCAUCCGUCGAAUGAAAUCGAUGGUUCAUAUGGCCAAUUUUUAGGCAAGAAGGUUGGAAAUAGUAACGGCGGUGGUGGUCUGUACGGAAUUCAACAUUCGGGUUCUCAUUUUUUUCAAUAUGAUGGAAGCAAUGGAAAGGCUGGACUUGAAAUUCCUUCAGUGGGUUCUGCUAGUACUAGUGUUAAUGAAAUUGGUCCCUCUGAAAUAGGUCCUUUAAAUGCCCCCCGUUCAAUUCAAUCAUCUUCAAUGGCACCCAUGCCACUGGAUUUGCAAGCAAUGGCACUCGCUUUAACUUUAACUCAAGCUGCUCAAUCAGCUGGGCCUAACUCUAACAUACCAGCGAAUUCUAAUACGUGGAAUCCAGUACUUUACAACCUGUUUAUGCAUCUUUCACAGAAUCCGGCUGCUUUUGGCAUGUCUACCACUGCAGCUCAAAACGCUGCUGUUCCACCUUCUCUGCCCUUACCAGCACCGGGCUCACAAUUAGUUCAGAGUUCGUCCGCUUCUCAACCACCACCGUCGCAGCCAAUGUUUGAUCUAACACCCGAGUCGGCUCGUUUGGCUUUAGCGGUACUCAAUAUGCAACAGAUUAUGAUGUCACAGAAUCAGCAAUCUCAACAACAAGCAAACUCUUCGUCAAGUCAACAACCAUCAGGUCUCGUUCUGCAGAACUUCCAAAAUGUUAAUUCAGCUCCUGGAGUAAGAGGAAAUGCAGGACCACAGCAGAAUGCUUUUGCAGCAUAUGGUCUCUCUCAGAUGGGACUCAUGCUGCCUAAUGCCUCUCCACAGUUAUUCCCACCACCGCCUCAACCAGGCGCUAAUCAGGUGUCGCCAUCAUCUGGGGGUCAAGUUGUGUCCCCAUCUCAAGCGUCAAGUACUGCACCACCCCCGGGAUUUUCUAGGGUUGGCAAUCCUCAAAAAGUUUUCAAUUCACCUACCUAUGCUCCUAUUGAUAUCUUGCCAAUUUUAGGUGGUUCAUCUUCUGUUGCCAACGCUGGAAGCAACAGAAGUCCUCUUUUGGAUGAAUUUAGAAAUUCAACUUCACGUUUUGUGGGGCUGCCACUAUCAGAUCUGCGCGAUCAUAUUGUUGAGUUUGCUCGUGAUCAGCACGGUUCGCGUUUCAUUCAACAAAGAUUGGAGACAGCAACAGCUGAUGAAAAGGAUAUUGUUUUCUCCGAGAUACUUCCCCAGGCUGACAAAUUGAUGAUUGAUGUAUUUGGCAACUACGUCAUUCAAAAGUUCUUUGAGUUUGGUACGGAUAAGCAGAAGGAGCUGCUGUCACAACGACUUCAUGGACAAGUGGUCGAAUUUGCUGUACAAAUGUAUGGUUGUCGAGUUAUUCAGAAGGCUCUUGAAUCCGUGCCGCUGGAAUCAAAAAUUCACAUUAUCGACGAGUUGCGUCCACAUGUGAUGCGUUGCGUCAAAGAUCAGAAUGGAAAUCACGUUAUUCAAAAGUGCAUUGAGUGUGUGCCUCCGAUUAAGUUGGACUUCAUUAUAGCUACUUUCAGAAAUCAGGUCUACGCUUUAUCAUCUCAUCCCUACGGAUGCCGAGUUAUUCAACGCAUUCUUGAACACUGUUCUUCUGAGCAGACUCGUGUUAUCCUAGACGAGCUCCAUCAAAGUGUUGAUAAUUUGGUUAACGAUCAGUAUGGCAACUAUGUUGUUCAGCAUGUUUUGGAACACGGUUCACCAGAGGAUAGAUCCCGUAUAAUAAAUUCUCUUCGUGGUCGCGUAGCAACACUGUCUUCUCACAAGUUUGCUUCAAAUGUGAUGGAGAAGGCGAUUGCGAAUGCGACUCCCUCAGAACGCGCAGCUUUAAUUAAUGAAGUUCUGGUCUCUGCGGAUGGAAGUGAUGGUACUUCCGGAGGAGUUCUAGUUGAAAUGAUGAAAGAUCAGUACGCCAACUACGUUGUUCAACGUAUGCUCGAAUUGGCCGAUAAACAACAGAGAAAUAGCCUUAUUACUCGUAUAAAACCUCUGAUCGGCGCUCUUCGCAAGUUUAACUACGGAAAGCAUAUUAUUGCAAAGCUGGAAAGAUAUAGCCAAGGUGGUGGUAAUAGUGGAGUGGGAGGAGGAAGCGAAAAUGGGAAAAUCGGUGUCAUGUCAACGCCAAGUAGCUCCUCAAGCGAUCAUCUAAAGUCAGUUUAA